AUGCAGAAUAGCAGCUUGGGCUAUGCUGAACGAGUCCGGCGAGAGAGGGCACGAUGCGCAAGCGCACCGUUUACCAUCCCCAGCAGCUCCACUUGGCAGGAGCCCCCUCCCGUGCCGCUCCUGGUGGUCGGCACCGCCUUCAAAGGCUACGGCAUCUUUGCCGAGGUGCUGAAGAACGUCCUCGAGGGCCUUGACACGUUCGUUGGGCGCUACUUGGCGGUGGCCAGCGUCUUCUACGUGGGCUUCAAGUGGGCGCACUUCAGGAUCGUUGUUCAACGAUCUGAUCCAAUUCUGACCGCGGAUUGUUUAGCUUCUAGGGUUGUACAGUUUGUGCACGGCGGGUUCGCGACGCGGCGGUGA